AUGUGUAACACAUGCACACAAAAAUCAAGUACUAAUGUUAUCCAGAUAGAUGAAGCAGCUUUACGAGAAGGCCUUCCCCUUCGCAAGUCGGAGCAGGCUUUCUAUUUGGAUUGGGCUGUCCACUCCUUCAGGAUCACCAACUGUGGUGUCCAAGACACAACUCAAAUUCACACCCACAUGUGUUACUCCAACUUCAACGACAUCAUCCACUCCAUCAUCAACAUGGAUGCUGAUGUCAUUACGAUUGAGAACUCGCGUUCUGAUGAGAAGCUCCUCUCUGUAUUCCGUGAGGGAGUGAAGUAUGGUGCUGGCAUUGGUCCGGGUGUGUAUGACAUCCACUCUCCAAGAAUACCAUCGACAGAAGAGAUCGCUGACCGCAUCAACAAGAUGCUUGCUGUUCUUGAGACCAACAUUCUCUGGGUUAACCCUGACUGUGGGCUCAAAACCCGCAAAUACGCCGAAGUCAAGCCUGCUCUUACCAACAUGGUUGCUGCAGCCAAGCUUCUUCGCACUCAACUCGCCAGCACCAAGUGAGACAACCAAUGUUCCUAAUCCAAAGAAGAAUUUCUCUAAUUUUUUUCUCAAUAAUUUUCGUCUACGGCGCCUGCGUUGAACCUGUUGUUGUCGAAAUCAGGUUUAUGUUCUAUUAGUAUUUCCAUUUCUUGUCUAUUUUUUUGAGAAAUUUUGACGUUGUUGUCUUGUGGACUUCCCCGUGUUUGAAAGCCAGCAGGUAUGUUAAGAUUUACAACGAAAUGAGAUGGUGGCAGUUGUUAUUCUUGUUUUUAA